CAGAGAGGUGGGGCAAAUAUGCUCUUACCGGUUUCGCUUUGCCUUUUCGUUCAACUGCCACAUUUCAAACUAGAAUGGCGACCGCUCUCUGCGGUCUACAGUCCACUGGCAGUAAAUCGGCAAAGACUCACCAAGACCAGCGCAGGAAAGCGAAGGACUCCCGGCGAAGACAGGCUGCUCUGCUGUUUCUCAGUAAUAUCUCACUCGACGGACGACCCCAGUGUCAACCUAGCGAUGGAAAUGUCGACCAGAAAGCCGCUGAGGAGCCCCAACCCAGGGACAGAGACUGCGGUGCCGCUGUUGUGCCCCAGCCGUCGGAUAGUCAAGGACCUGUCGCCCAGGUGACAGACGUCGCCGCAAGCGGUAGUGGCUCAUCCUCCAGUUUCCCAGGGGUGGUCGGUCCGGGUGGACCUUCUUUGGUAAUGUCCGGGCCAGGUGCUGUUGGAGCUAACGAGGUAUUUUUGGAUAAUACCAGUGCGGCCGAGACGCUAACCCCAGACACUCCUCUUUCUCCCGUCCCGACCGGACACCCGCACUGCUCCCGUGUCAAGUCAACGCCCGCCGCGCUCAGUCCCGUCGGUGCCGGUAAUUCUCUGGAUUCACGGCAGAGGCUGAGGAAUGUCUCUGGCUCACCGGGACCCAAAGUGCCAAAGAAAGUCCACUUCAUCAAGAGUAUGAGGCAGUACGAUACCCGAGGAUCCAGGAUCAUGCUGAUUUGUGCCAAGCGGUCGCUUUACGCUGCUUUCUCAGUGCUGCCCUAUGGAGAGAGUUCAAAUAUCAGUGACCCUAAGCUGGAGGCUCAGAGGCAAAGACUCUCCUCGGUGGUGGCUGCUGAUCUGCUUCCUUCUCUGGAAGGUGUGGAGAUGGGUGCCUGUGGAAAGACGGUGUCCUACGCUCAGUUUCUUUAUCCAACCAAUGCCUUGGUGAGACAAAAGAGCGGUGGCAGCAGCAGCGGUGGUCCACCAGAUAACUGCACAGCCCAGACCCCUCAGUCACGUUUCCGAGGCAACGGGCAGAAGGGCUUCACCCCUGCUCGUCUGAACAACAGCGUUGCACAGGACCCAUAUGUGGAGGAGGUGGUGGAAUAUGACCCCAACCUGCUCAGUGACCCUCAGUGGCCCUGCGGGAGACACAAGCGGGUUCUCAUAUUUGCAUCAUACGUGACGACGGUCAUUGAAUACGUGAAACCAUCUGACCUGAAGAAGGACAUGAAUGAGACUUUCAAGGAGAAGUUUCCCCACAUUAAACUGACACUGAGCAAGAUAAGAAGCCUGAAGAGAGAGAUGAGGGCCGUGAGCGAGGAGUGCGGCCUCCAGCCGGUGACCAUAGCAAUGGCUUUUGUUUACUUUGAGAAGCUGGUGCUGCAGGGACGCCUCAACAAGCAGAACAGGAAGCUGGUGGCGGCGGCGUGCGUGCUGCUGGCUGCAAAGAUCAGCAGCGAUCUGAGAAAGCCAGAAGUUAAACAGCUGAUUGAUAAGCUGGAGGAGCGUUUCCGCAUAAACAGACGCGAACUGAUUCCUCUGGAGUUCCCGGUACUGGUUGCCUUGGAGAUGGGACUAUAUCUCCCCGAGAGCAAGGUCAUGCCGCACUACCGAAGGCUGGUACAGCAAGGUUAGACCAGACGUGGCGGAGUAGGACGUGCACAUGUGUGGCGUGUCGACCAGUUUAUAAGCUGUGGUGUUUGAAAUAAAUACUUGUGGUACUAUUUAUUGUUGCUGUACAUUAACUAGGUUACACUCAGACUUGAUGGCAUGUGUUUCUCUCCCUGAAUGUCUUUUUGUAGGUGUGACGUUCUCAUGUUGAUCCAGUCAUGAGCUCUAUGUUAGAGAUGUUCACUGAGCACAUUAAUGGUGCUUUUAUUUUGGUUUCUUGUGGGUUUUUAGGAUGCCACCCUGUUUUAACGUCUUUGUAAAGGUACGCUGUGUGUGUGUGUGUGUGUGUGUGUGUGUGUGUGUGUGUGUGUGU